AUGCAGACAAAGACUGCGCGACUACCAACUCGUGUGGGGGUGGGUGUUGCCGUGCAUACUUUUGGGUCGUAUGCGACCAAGACAGCUCCUUCCCAUAUGUUCCAUGUGUGUGUAGUGAUCAAACUUGGCAGCUUGAUCAAUGGACUCAAGCCCCCUCUGGUCCUCCUCAACCAACCAUUCCGGACAGCAGCCUCUCCAGUACCGCUACAGGUAUAA